AUGAUCUGUGCGAAGAGCAUCCAUCGAGAAGCAAUAUGGAGAGCAAUCACGAUGCGGGCUCUCUACACCAGUUCCUAUGGCCGCAAAGCCGCGAGCACGGUCGCAACCUCUGUCAGCAAGGAGAUCGUCGACAAAUUACAAUCGAUGACAUUGGCCGAGUACAUUCCAGGGUUGAUAAAAGCGGUCCGCUCGAUUACCAAGGCAGCAGUCCAGCUGUGGCGUCAAGUACGGGUCGAAUGGGCGGCUGUCCGAUCCAGCAUGUCUCCAAAGAUCUUGAAGACAGAAGGAACAUCGAGUCCAAGUGAUAUCACGCUCAGGAUACGACCACAUAUCUUCAGGGAAUGCUUCAGGACUGUGGAUGAUGUUGGGAGGGACUCGGGUCCACCAAAUAUGCCACCUACGGCAGCUUGCAUCUACCUUCAGGGUACCGCACUGUGUCAAGACUCGCCACUGGUCAUAGCAAGGCGUCGGGAGCUGAUGGCAGACAAUGGAUGGCAAGAGUGA